AUGCUGCGUCUCACCAGACCUGUGGGCGCUUCCUUGCGUAGGCGCUUGCUCGCGCCAGCUGUGCCCCAGGUGCGUUCAAACAUCUAUGUUGAUACCGAGCUCGUGCGACUGACCCCGACGCUACAGAGAAGAACCUUUGCCGAGAAGAGAGAGUCGGUCCUGAGCUCCGACCCUGCUUUCUUGCCAGGGAGCCAAAGUCCUGCUGUUGCAGUCAAGACAGAAGUCCCAUUGGGCCCAGGAGGCCCAGGAAGCCCGGCCCCUCCAGCUCCCAGUCCUGCGGCACCCUCUUCCUCCUCGACAAUACCUCCUGAGAACGUUCCUCUCGCACCGCCUAGCCCACCUAAAGUGCAAACGGCACCUCCUACGAGCCCGUCAUCUGUGAGCCCGGCCGAACCGCCUCCACCACCGCCGGCUCAGAAGUCGACUCCUCCACCUCCGCCACCGCGCAAGCGGUUUAGACGUCUUCGCACUCUAUUUUACCUCCUUCUCCUCAGCGCGGUGAGCUAUGGUGGGGCUGUAUUCUACGCCUUGAGCAAUGACAAUUUCCAUGAUUUCUUUACGGAGUAUAUUCCUUUGGGUGAAGAGGCUGUAUUAUAUUUCGAGGAGCGGUCUUUCCAGAAAAAGUUUCCUCACACGAGACAUAAUAUUGUCAGGCUUCCCCGACCAGACAGACAAGAAGACGGCAAGGUUACCACCAUUCCGCAAAAGUCUGGAAUAUCGUGGCGAGUGGCAGAGGACGAACCAAAGUCCAGUGAUCUUACACAGAAGGGCAAACACAUGAGUUCAUUGGGUGCCAACGAGCCUGUUACGAAACAGAACACCAUCGAUGCCAAGGCUGACCCAGCGGGUGCAACGCCAAAGGAGAGAAGUAGUGCGGUUGAAACCGUAAAGAAGGACUCUGGUGCAAAACAAGUCGCGUCGACUUCUGACCAAUCUGCAAAGGCACCGAGCGCAGUAUCCGACUCGCCUGCGGCCGGUGACUCACGACCGCCAGCAAUCCCUCCGGUCACAUCAAUCUCACCCCUUGCGGUGCCCAACGCGGACGAGCCUGUGGUACAAGAACUGGUCAAAAUUGUCAACGAUCUGAUCACAGUCGUGAACUCCGACUCAGCCGAUGCAGCCAACAAGUACUCGGCCCCGAUGGCCAAAGCGAAAGAAGCCCUUGAGUCAGUGGCCAGCCAAAUCACUCUUCUCCGCGAAGCUGAACGCAAAGCGGCGGCACAGCACAUUGAGGAAGCCCACAAGGAGUUCGAUGAAGGCGCCAGACAACUUCUCAAACGUAUCGAAACCGCCCAGGCGGAAGACGAUGCUCGAUACCGAGAAGAGUUCGAGGCCGAGCGGGCUCGUAUUGCACAUAUCUACGAGGAGAGACUGAAGACCGAGGUCCAACGUAGCACCGAGUUGGCGGAACAGCAGCUAAAGAACGCGCUCGCGGAGCAAGCCAUUGAGAUGAAGCAUGAAUUCGUCAAGCAGAUCCAAGAGCUCGUGGAGUCAGAACGAGGAGGUCGCCUGGCCAAGCUUUCCGACCUUAGCUCCAAUGUCGAGAACCUCACCGAACUGACGGCCAACUGGAACGGAGUGAUUGAUGCCAACCUCGCAACCCAGAAACUGCAAGUCGCAGUCGACGCCGUCCGAGCAGCGCUAGACGAAUCCGCCGCGUCCGAGGCCAAACCCAGAGCCUUCGUGCGCGAAAUGGCCGCUCUGAAACUAGUUGCCGAUGCCGACCCGGUGGUCGAUGCCGCCAUCGCAUCGAUCAACCCAGCAGCGUACCAGCGAGGCAUCCCAAGUCAGCCGCAGUUGAUCGACCGGUUCCGCCGCGUGGCCAAUGAAGUGCGCAAAGCCAGUCUGUUGCCGGAAAACGCAGGGGUUGCAUCUCACGCGGCCAGUCUCGUGCUGUCGAAGGUGCUGUUCAAGAAACAAGGCCAUCCCACCGGGGAUGAUGUGGAAAGUGUUCUCACCCGCACCGAGACCUUGUUGGAGGAAGGAGAUCUUGACGGGGCCGCACGAGAGAUCAACUCUCUCUCGGGCUGGGCCAAGGUAUUGAGCCGCGACUGGCUGGCCGAUGUGCGUAAGGUACUGGAAGUCAGGCAGGCAUUGGAUGUCAUCGAGACCGAGGCCCGGCUGCAGUGUCUGCGCGUAGAAUAG